GCAUCCAAAGAGUUAUCGGAAGAGAUGAUUCCCUCCACGGCAAUAAUUGCUCUCGUGCUUGCAGUACUGAGCCUGGCACAGUAUGCUUUCCUCGUCACCGCCGCCGGCCCCCGGGUCAUCAUCGUCGGCGCCGGCAUCUCGGGGAUCUCGGCGGGGAAGAGGCUGUCGGAAGCUGGGUUAACGGACUUGCUGAUUCUGGAGGCGACGGACCACGUCGGCGGGCGGAUGCACAAGCAAAACUUCGCCGGCAUCAACGUCGAGGUCGGCGCCAACUGGGUGGAGGGCAUGAACGGUGGCAAGAUGAACCCCAUCUGGCCCAUCGUCAACUCCACCCUCAAGCUCAGGAACUUCCGCUCCGACUUUGACUACCUCGCCCAAAACGUCUACAAGGAGAAGUACGCCGUCGAUGAGUGAACUGGAAAAGACUUAUGCU